AGUUAUUCAGUUAUACAAACUACGUAAGGUUUCACGCAGAACUCUGCCUCGACAAGAAGUUAACUUCGGAAUGCCGUGUCAGUGAGAUAGCUCUAAUAUAUAUUUCUACAGAGUACAUAAAUGAUUUUAUAACUCAAACAAAACUUGCUUCAUAUAUACAAUUUGUAGGAUCAGUUUUUCUUUAAGCCGAAAAUAAAACUCUUUAUUUCGUGGAAUGUCAUGCUUUAAUGAACUUGUGAGAAUAUAAAUUCAACUCGAGUUAUUACAUACGAAGGAAGGAGGUUGAGAUUACGAAACAUUUUCAUAGGGACGUACCUUGCCUGAAGUGGAUGCGUAGACAAGAUAAUCUAGUUGGUCUGAGGGAAUGCUCCCCCCGGAAAUUGUUUUGCAGUGGUGUAGUCAAAUCUAAUACACGAGAUAAUGGCAGAGAUAUCCAAAUCAGACGAACGCGAACAAACCCGAAUAAUAGAAACGUAUACUGGUGGAGAAGAAGGAGACGGAAGUGCGGCAGACAAAACGAUUAAAGCUGAGAAAUGUUCAAGUCCAAGCCUGAAUAUGUCUUCCUUGGCUGAGAAUGUUCUCGAGUUAUUCAAUGAUGAAAACUUCCAAGACAAAUUGAAACCGACAAUGAUUCAAAUGAUGUCCGAAUUUAUAAACAAAUCGGUCGCCCAUGAAAUGGAGGGAUAUAAAGUAGAAGAACUGUUAGAAUCUAAUAAGAUUCUUGUUGAAAUGCUCGAAAAUAAACACUCAUUGAUAGAACAUCUAACGGCUGCAAAUGGGCAAUAUGAAAGUGAUAUCAAAACAUUAAUGUCAUUGGAAAAGCGGCUUAUGAAAACGUUCAUGAUAAAAGGUGACUCCGAUGCUGCAACGACAUACAACGAUUUAGGUACAAGACCACGUGGACAAUCUACAGGAACUGCGAUAGAGACAGAGCAGCAGGAAAGAGUAAUUGAGGUGGAGAGUUUUCAUGGUGAUACAUCAUCGACAGAUACAGUGGGAUAUCCAAAAAUAUACAAAGAAGAUAAGUUCAUCGAAUCUACCUGGCGCAAUUUAGCAGAUCAAGAAAUAGAUGAAGGAAAAAAAGAAGGUGUUGGAAAAAGGCGUGGGACACACGCAGUUCUUUGUAUUGAUACGUCUGGUAGUAUGAAUGAAGGGAAUGCUUGGUCUCAAGUGAAGCAGUUUUACAAGGCAUUUCUUGAUGGCAUGGAUGAACUAAAGGACCAAGACGCACACUACGACAAUAUUGCUGUCGUUACAUUUGGUAAAGAAACAAAAGUUCAAAGGAGACUGACAAAGAAUUUGAAGAGCCUCAGAGGAAUCUUAGAUGAUAUCACACCGGAAGGUCCGAGUCCUAUUUUCGGAGGGUUAGUGAUGGCUGCUGCUGCAGCCCAGACAUCGGAAUAUAAAUUAGCUAGUGUAAACUACAUGCAAGUGCGUCCCAAAAUAAUUAUGGUGACAGAUGGAAGGCCAACAGAGCUAAGCUUGGAUAGUGGUCCUGACAAGGCCGAUUCUAAGAAACUAGAACAGACAAGAAAUGCAAUCUUCGACGAAGUUGCAAAGCUGACCAAAGAGAAAAUUGAUCUGCAUUGUAUUUAUGUUGGGGAAAACGCUGAUCGUACAUUUCUGAGAAGCCUACAAAGCGAGGGUGUAAAAGAACUGAUGUCGUACAGAGACGGAGAAAAAAUGGCAUGGUAUACAGUUCUAAAGUGCAUGCGCGAGGGAGAUCAGAGAUUUGUGCGUUGUGCUGGAGAAGAUGACGUCAUGAGAUCACAGCCGUCGAUGCCCGAUGCUGAGCAACUUUUAGCGAUGAUGAAAAUGCUAACGGAACAAAUGCCUGGUCAAGGCACAUCCAGUGCCGGUGACUUAUCGGAAUUCCUAGGAAUGGAGAGACAAGGCUCACCUAAAGCUCCCAUACCAGAUUUUGGAAGGCGUACAGGAUACAAGACUUCAACGAUUACUAUUGUUGGAGACCGCGUUAUCAAUGUGUACAAAGAAAUACAUGAUCAAAAGCAUCCUUCUAUUGGUACAAGAGUAGAGCGGGGUGAUGACUGGAUAUGGGGAGAUCAGGAUGAUGGUAGGGCUGGUACAAUUAUUGGCCAUGCGACAGAUCUCGAAGACGAUGACGGUCAAUGUUGGGUUCACGUAGAAUGGGAUGAUGAUAGCAGUCCAGAAAAAGGCAGACAAAAUGUUUAUCGAUAUAAGACUGAUGAAGAUAUGGAAGAGGAUGUGAGGGAAACGGCGGUACAAGACCGAACACCUCCACCAGGAAAGGUUCUUGCUGUUGGUUGUAGAGUUAAACCUGGAGAAAAGUUCAAAGAAGAUCGUGCCAAUAAAGAAGGAACCGUCAUAAGAUUCCAUAAAAAUCGUGCAGAGAUAAGAUGGGACGAUGGUACUCGAGGUAGAUAUGGGUUUGGAAGUCCUGCAGCUGAAAUUGUACUAAUGAUGGAUCCAGAAAGAACAGCUAAUCCAAAUGUACGGAAAGGAGGAAAUAAAUACGAUGUCUGGGAUGUACCAAAGGUUACAUUGACAGAGAAGUACAUACCACGUAUAGCUCAAACGAUGUCUUCUGGUUGGCAGGCUGUGGGUACCGAACUAGGAUUGACAAAUGUCCAAAUGGGUCUCAUAAUGAGAGAUUUCCGAAAGUCAAUCGUCAAUCAGAUAGUUCAAAUGCUGAGCAUUUGGAAGCGAAAACCGGAGAAUACUACAUUGGAUGUCCUUGUAGAAUCCAUGGUAGCAUCUGGUGCGACGUUUGAUAAGGACUUGCUACGGAACAUCAUAAGCGAAAUACGUCAAGAAAAUGAAUCGCAAUAAGAACUGUGCACAGUAAUUGAUCCGGACAAAAGCAAGAGAAUCGGAGUUUUUUUUUCUUAUUUGGAUAAAUAUUGACAUUCAUUCUGGCAAUGCGAUUUGCAGACGUAUUCAUCGCAGUAAUUUUAUUUCGAAGCUGUAAGAUCAUGAUUCGUCAAAAUUGGACAUUAAUUAUAUACCUUCAAUUUUAUCACUUCAAAAACAUGACGACAAAUGAUAAGAUAAAAUGUCCAGUAUCGUACGAACAGCUAGAUUCAUCGCAUGUUGUAAAUAAACGUUUACAGAGAAAGUUUAGAUUAUUAAGAAAGUUUAAUUUCUGCUUUGAGUAAUCUUAAAAAUGAAAACAGAUUAUAAAUGUUUGAAACUUCGAUUAGUUUGAUCAUCCAAAUCAGUAACAGGUGUGUUUGCUUACCUCAAGCUGCAAACAAAAAUAAAGUUAUACAUCAUUCUAAAGGUUUUAAUGGUCAAUAGUAGAAAAAUUUAAAUUUCAAAAAAGUCUUAGAUGUCAAUUGUAUGGCGAUUUCUUUUAUUUUUCUGUCCUACAGAAAAAAUAUCUUUUGAAAUUUUAAAAAUAAAUACAGAAAAGAACGUUGCUUUUAUGCUAACGAUGAUGUCCUUCAUGUUUUACAACAAUCCAUCGACACAUAAAGCCAUUUGAAAUUUCAAAACAUUCCUUUGUUAGAAAAUACCCUUUUACAACCGGGUUAUGACGAUUAUUUCAAAACUUAUGACAUUUUGAAAACUUUUGAAAAAAAAAUCGUAAUUUGCCAUCUGUGAUGUAUAAUUUGAAUAACAGGAUCAAAAUCAUUUUCUGACGAUUAUGCAAAACUCUCAUAUUUUGACAUUUUUAAGAGUUCCAUUAAUACCACCCAUCGAGUUGUAUAUAGAAUGAUGUAUACAGCGGAAAUCAAAGUCAAGGGGAAACGUAGUUACGGUAAAUCAAACUAGUUAGAUUGCAGGAAGGAUAUUUAUUUUAUCUGAUUAAUUAAUAGUUCUUUAAUGUGCUACUGAUCUUAAUUUCUAGAUAUAUAAUCAAUGAGUGUCUGUACAUUUUUAUCAUCGUUUGUGUUGUUUGAACGGCAGCAUUGACAAUAAGUUCUUUGAAUCCUGUGGUGGACCUGUGUCAAGUCAUAUUACAAAGAGACAUGCAGUAAUCGGUUGUGCUUGCAAGCGGUCUAUAUCAUUUUAUAGUAUUAUGUCUGUUUUAUCAUGUGAUACCAUCUUCCAAAUCUUGAGGAAUUGGUUAUGCUUGAGCAAGGUCGAGCUCGGAGGCCUAUUUAUCGUAUAAUGGUAGUCAUCAAUCGCGUCUAGCACAGCUUGUGUAUAUGUAUCUAAAUAUAUCAAAAGUGAUUUCAGACGUAGUUGUAAUAGUAUAAAUAGCUUACAAUAAGAUCCUACUUGGUCCUCGUAUUGCUUAUUCAUUGAAUUAAUAAUUAAUUUCGUUGUUUCUUAAAUAGUUAUAUUAAUAUUCUGUCUUUACAUUUACAACUAAAUUUUAUUCUCAUAUCAUAAGUUUGGUUGACGAAAGCUAAUCGAGAGGCGUUAAUUUCAGGUCUAAAUUACAUAUAUGCUUCUGGCAGCGGUCUUUGAUGUUGUUUUUUCUGUUGGAUGUUUUUUCCUUUGUUAUGCAAUUGAUCCGUAUUUUUCUGAUACAUCUUAUUUGCGUUCAUGUAAUGUAAUUCUUAUUUAACUUAUCACGAUGCAUACACUUAAAGGAAAAUGCUUGUGUUAAGAAUGUUUGGUCAAGGUAUGGAUCAAGUAAUAUCACAUGAUAAUUAUAUUAGACAUAUCAUUACCAGUAGUUGUAGAAAGAAACAUUGCUCGGAGAAACCUUCUGAAUAGAAGUGACCAAUUUUACAGUAAUACAAUCUGUAAAUUGAUCCUUUGGAAGCAAAUAAUGCAACCGAGAAUAAUAAUAGCAGACUCGGUUUGACUGAGUCUGUUCUUGAGAAGUAAUGAAAUGUGCAACACCUCUCACGCCCCUAGCAGCGGCUUAAGUAGGCGGAACUCUAUUACACAUAUGUUGAAUGGACUCCAUGAUCCCAAAGAAACAGAAAAUAUAACUCUUGUUUGCAAACUUCAUUCUUUUAUCAGAUAUUGAAGCUAGGGGAACAGAUGGUUCUAAGGUUCCAAGUGUUUAUUGUAUUUUGAAGUUUGCGGAACAGUGUGUUGCAUACUGUAAAUAUUAAUAAUGAUAAAUUUGUUUUUGGUGAAAGGAAUUUUGCUAAAUCCACGUUCAACGUUUUUUGUUUAAAAAAGAAGGUUUUGCGAUGUUAAUCGUCUGAUUUACACUGUUCAGGUUCAGAUGCACAGGGAAUUAUCCAAGCAUCUGAACGAAGGACUAUGGUAAAUAAGAGGAUAAACCACAAUACUGUUUUGUCAUUCUUACAUGCUCGUUAAAUAUUUUGACCUUCAUCCAACAGUUGUAGGUCGCAUCACUUGAGCUUCAUUUUCGUUUUUAUGUAAGUGAUAAUUCAGCAAUUGUUUUCGACAUCUAACCAUUCUUCAUUGUUUUAGUUAUGCACAUGUUAUGUUAUGUUAUGCACAAUAUAUGUUGUUAUGUUAUGCACGAUAUAUGUGUUUGGAUCGUUUAUAAUAACAUUUGAUUGUUCGGAUUAUUGAAUGUAAACAAUCGACUUUUUGGCAUAUCAAACGUUUGAAAAAUUCAAUAUUUUGACAUUGAUACGAGUCCAUUUUUUUACAUUUAAAUCUUUCUUUGCACAUUUGUAUUUAUACUAAAUCUUGAUAAAUAUAUAUAUUAUAAUCAAAUACAAAUAAGGGAAAUAAGUAGAAAAUAGAAUGAAAAUAAAAAAUAUACAUAAUUAUUAAGUCUGUAUGCAUUUCCAGUUUCAUCGGUGUAAAUAGAAUCACAUAAUUAGUGAUAAUAUGACGUUAUUAAGAGUGUCAGUUAGUACAAUACGGAAUUUAAUUUCAUAACUAUACAUAUUCAACCAAGUGAAAGCCUUUCUUUCUGUCACGUAACGAUACAAUAGAUAACAGUUUUGUAUUGUGUGAUUUAAAAUGGGUUAAUGGAUUUUAUAUAAGUAACAACAUCCAAACGACAACUCCAUAUCAGUAGUUCUGGAUUCCUUCCCUUGUAUAAUACUACGAGUAAAAUUAUAAAAGAAUACGAUACCUUUUUUUAUCUCUAAAGUAGAACAGAUAAGUAUGAUCACUCAAUUUCUUAGUGAGAGCAUUUCCUAUCCGAUGACCGUUGCUUCCGUUCAAAUUUUGAUGAUAAUUUGUUUUCAGUUUUUUUGGGGGCGCUUUUAGUAAAAACAUGACAAUGUACCCAUCUAUCAUUAACGUACAUAUUAUCAGAGAGGAAUAUUAGUUUCUAAUAUUUGUUGAGAAGUAUCUUGAAAUGUUUUCAGUCGACAUCUAUAAUGUGUGAAUAUUUGUUUUUCUUUCAUUUCAUUUCUUAUUAUGGUAUGAAAUAAAGAGGUUAUUUAACAGAUUUGAGUACAAUACUGCAUUCUGUUGGACUCGUACACAGCAGCAAUAAUCCAUAUUUGGACUCGGCAUUCUAUGUUCAAAUAUAGAAUAUACAUUAAAACUUUUACAACGUUUGACAUGCCAAAUGACUGAGUGAAGUUUAACUAACAUUUGUAUUGCCUAAUGUGUAAACAGAUUUUUAAUAUCUAAUGUGUAAACAUAUUUUUAAUAUCUAAUGUGUAAACAGGUUUUUAAUAUCUAAUGUGUAAACAGAUUUUAAUAUCUAAUGUUUAAAUCGAUUUUUAAUAUCUAAUGUGUAAACAGGAAAUAAAGCCAAAAAAGUA